UCCGUCUCAUUCCCGGAGUGGAUUUUUAAAUGUUGCCACAAGCAUUUUGAAAAGGCUUGGAGUUGGCGGCAAUGGCAACGUUCCAGAAUGGCGGCAAUGGCAACAUUCUUCAACACUCCAACCCCCUUAAACCCCUGAAACCCCAUUCCCACUCACUCUCAAACCCACUCUCUCUUUUCUCCCAAACCCCAGACCCCAAACUCACCAUCACCGGACCUUCCAAGCUCUCCGGCCACGUCCCCAUAAGCGGCUCCAAGAACUCCGCAUUGUCGAUUCUCGCCGCCACCCUUUGCUGCUCGGGCACUUCCAAGCUUACCAACGUACCAAAUGUCUCCGAUACUCGAAUAAUGGCUUCGAUUUUGAGCUCAUUGGGCGCCCAAAUCGAAGUCUGUGACGACGAGUUCUUGGUUAACACUGACGGGGUCCGGUCCGUGGAGCCUAGCUCGGAUGGGAUUCGGAAGAUUAGAGCUGGGUUCUUUGUUAUUGGACCGUUGCUGGCACGGUUCGGCGAGGCCACCGUCGCGUUGCCCGGCGGGUGCGACAUCGGGGCUCGUCCGGUGGACUUGCACAUUCGUGGGCUUCGCGCUCUUGGUGCCGUUGUGGAAUUGAGGGAUGGGAAAGUUCAAGCACAUGCUGCAAAUGGCAGAGGAUUGGUAGGGGGGCGAUUCCAACUUGAUUAUCCCAGUGUUGGGGCAACUGAAACUCUUAUGAUGGCUGCAUGUAUGGCUGAUGGAGUGACUGUACUCUCAAAUGUUGCCCAAGAACCCGAAGUGCUUGAUCUUGCUCGUUUUCUUACUGACAGUGGGGCAUGUGUGGAAGGAGCUGGAAGUAACAAACUUGUUAUCAAGGGAAAGUGUCAAAUGCAUGGUUGUGAAUGUCCUAUUUCACCUGACCGCAUUGAAGCAGGCACCUUUAUGCUUGCUGCUGCAAUUAGUCGCUCUUGCAUCUCAAUGUCACCUGUCAUUCCUUGCCAUCUAAAAUGUUUGAUAGACAAACUUUCACUCGCUGGUUGCAAAGUCAGACAGUGCAACCAUGAAACUUUUGAGAUUUCAGCUGCCUCUACAGAUGUCAUUGAAGAUUUGCGAGCUUUUGAUUUUAAGACAGGGCCAUUUCCUGGGUUUCCUACAGAUCUCCAACCUCAAACAAUGGCUUUACUCACCACAUGCAGUGGUUCUAGUACCGUGGAGGAAUUUGUCUUUGAGAAACGUAUGGGUCAUGUAAAAGAACUGCUUAAGCUUGGGGCAAGAAUUCAGCUUUGUGGGAGCACUGCUCUAGUUUUUGGGAAAGAGAAAGGGAGCCGAUUGCGUGGUUCUCGGCUUGUUGCAACUGAUUUAAGAGGUGGGAUGUCACUGGUAUUAGCAGGAUUGGCAGCAGAAGGAACUACAGAGAUAACUGGCACUGCUCAUAUUGACAGGGGUUAUGAGAGUUUCGAGAAGAAGCUUCAGUUUCUAGGAGCUGAUGUCAAAAGAUCAAUCCCCCUUGCCUGUCAAAUGGCUUAGCCAUAUUUCUGUCUAAACUAGCUAACCAAAAACUAUUUUAUCUACUUUAGUUAAUGGCUUUUAAAAUACAUUCUACAUCC